CACAUCACGUGAUCUGAUAUAUUCACAGACACGGACUACGACAUCAACUUGCUAGUUUUUUUACUUUCAUUUGAAGAGAAAAAACAACAUUAAUUGACUGUUAUGGCAGUAAGAAGAUUAAACCAGCAACAGACACAACGGCAAAGUCGUGCACCAGUUUCGGAUGCCUUUGAAGAAUGUCACAUAAAAGAAGAAAGUAUUGACACCAUAACUGGAAAAUUGGACCAGAUAUGUCUGACAGAGGAAAUGGCAGAUGUGUUCUUCUUAUUUCAAGGUGAAAAUAUAGCACGCAUUCCAGCUCAUAAAAUGAUCCUUGCUUUGAGAAGUCCUGUUUUUAAGGCCAUGUUCUAUGGUAGCUUUCCACAAAGAGAAGGCGAUAUAUGGAUCGAAGAUAUUAAACUGGAUUCGUUUCGAAGAUUGAUGAAAUAUUUAUAUACCGAUCUUCUGCAGCUUAACAAAAAUUCUGUUAUUCCUUUAUUGUAUGCCGCGAAGAAGUAUCAGAUCUCCGGGUUGAUCUCAAAAUGUGAGAAAUAUCUACAAGAUAAUUUAGCUGUUAAUAAUGCAUGUACACUUUUCAGUCAUGCAAAGUUUUUCACAAUGGCUAAACUUAGAACUAAUGCACUCAAAUAUAUAGCCGAUAAUGCGUUCGAUGUGGUAAAAAAUGACGAUUUUCUGAUGCUCCUAUCAGAAGACUUAGUUGAUAUUCUUAAGCUUGAUUCCCUUUGUGUACAAGAGGUAGAUGUAGUCCGUGCAGUUCUUAAAUGGGUAGAUCAUAAACUGGCUAAGUCCAAAAACAAAAUCGACGGGAAAUCUAGACGAGCCAUUCUUCUUAAAGAUGGGAUCUUAUUUACUAUGGCAAUUCCUCUACUUUCUUUUGAAGAGUUUACGUCAGUUGUAACACCAAGUAGUAUUUUAACAGACGAAGAGCAACUUCAGAUUUCCAAAGCUAUUAAGAGUCUGAAUAAUGCAUCUGCAUGCGGAAAAUUUAGAGUACGCCCGAGAAAAGGAGGUAGGGUUGUGGAGGUGCUCAUUCACGAUAUAGUGUACCCAAGUAAUAACCGGUCAUGUGAUAUCAAUAGUAGCAUUAUAAAUGUGGAUUGUUCUGAAAUUUUAUCUGUGAAAGCAAACAAAAGAAUCAAGAUUAAAUCUGUUACCAUCAAACCACAAUUCCAACAACCAAGUCAGAAUAACUGGAAUGUUGAAGUUGAUAUUAAAACUUUUACCACUGUGCACAAAGAAAUUCCUAAAACAUUCAAAAUGUUUGACUUUCAUGAAGAAGAAUGGCGCGAUAUUAAAACUGAUGAAGUCACAUUGAAUAUAAACUAUGAAGGCAGAGCUUGCAAACUUCCAGUUGACAAAGUCAUUUUAGAAAAUCAGAAAUUAGAAUUUUCUAUAAAACCAUGCCUUCCUCAUAGAAAUUAUAAUUUGUGGGGAUCAAACCGUCACAUGAUCAAGAUAUUACCACAAACGUAUCAAUUGGUGAAUGGUAUGAUGUAUGAACACAAGUUAUCCCAACAAACAACUCUGUACUUGUCACUUACAGGCGGAUACUUAGUGGAAAGUUUUGAGGUAGUGGAAAUUUGCUGA